UUCUCCACCUGAACGGAUCGAACAUGGCCGACGGCGCCACCGCGGAAACCCCGCCUCUUCCGACCCCCUCCAGAGCCGGAAGCGGAAGUGGCGAGCUUCGUUCGCCGCAGUCUCUUCCGCUGCUGGCCGGGUGUUUCUUGAGCAGUUUCCGGUUGGUCGUGGUUCGGCCCAAUCCGGCGUCCGGUAGGCCGGCGCGUAGGAGAGGGAAGCAGAUGGAAGGUGGAAUUAGAACGAGUUUGUCCCGGGCCGCCCUGGGGUCAGCUUAGAGAGGCCUACGCCGCUCACUUCCGCCGCGGCCUCGGGGCCUCCCGGAACGGCCAGGUCCAGAGGCGGCCCCAGCGAAAUAUCCUAAGGGCGCUUCCGCGGGGUCGUUUAGGUUUCAUCCUGUGCUCCCCUCUUCAAAAGCCUCCAAAGCAGCCUUCGUGAUUUUUCUUCGAGAGGUAAAGAAUUUCCGCCUUUAGGGUUCGUUGACUCCAGCCCUGUGUCCUCGAGUCCUCACGCACCCGGCGAUUCCGGCACAUGCCGGUGUUCUAAGGACCCUUUCGCCUUCCUGAGGAAAAGAUAGAGGCAGAAAGGAUAAUGGCUGAGCGUUUGAGAAGUUGUUCUCGGGACUCAGUGACCUUCGCUGAUGUAGCUGUGGACUUCACCCAGGAAGAAUGGACUUUACUGGACCCCAUUCAGAGAAAACUAUACAGAGAUGUGAUGCUGGAGAACUACAAGAACCUGACCACAGCAGGGUAUCAAUCAUUGAAACCCACUCUGAUCUCUUGGUUGGAACAAGAAGAUGAUUUGAGGACAGUGGAAAGAAGAGGAGUCCUCCAAGCCUCCUGUUUCUUUCUACAAACUCUUACAUUUAUUAUUUUUUUAUGGGAAAUGCAACUUAAAACCAAAGGCUCAGCAAUUCAGCAGGAUAAUCUUGGGGGAGAAACAUCUGUUGGGAUGGAAACAGUAACAUUGGCAAGAAUGCACAAUGGAUGGAAACUCUGUAACUGUGAGCAAUAUAGGAAGACUUCAAUGAACACUUGAGCCUUAGGACAGGCAGGAGAACUCAAAAUGGAGGCAACACUUAUGAGCAUAAUGAGUAUGGAAAAAGUUUCCUUACUCUGCAGAAGAAAACCUCUAUGGUUGUGAAGCAUUUUGUGUUUAAUCACUGUGGAAAAGCCAUCAUCCUGACUCCAAAUAUUGUGGACAGGAAAACCUGCAUGGGAGAGAAAGCCUUCGAAUGCAGUGAUGGUGAGGAAGCUUGUGUGAAUCAGCCUUCUCUUCAGGCACAAGUAGUAACUGAGAAUGGGGAAAAACACUGUGAACAGAAGGAACAUGGGAGAGCUUCUGUUCACUCCACAAGGCAUGGUAUACCUGUACGAAAUCACACCACAAAAAAAAGUUAUGAAUAUAAGGAGUGUGGGAGAGUCUACAAAUAUCAUAUCCAUUAAAAUUCACAUGGGAGCCCACAGUGGAGAGAGAAACCCUAUAAAUGUAAGGAAUGUGGGAAAGCUUUCAUUAUAGCUUAUGAACUUAAGAGGAAUAUAAAAAAUCUCAUACUGGAGAAAAGCCCUUUAUAUGUAAGGAAUGUGGGAAAGCCUUCAUUAGAGCUGAUCACCUUAGGAGCCAUAUAAAAUCUCAUACUGGAUAGAGGCCCUUUAUAUAUAAGGAAAGUGGAAAAUCCUAUUUUUAUCCCUUAUUCCUUAAUGAUCACAUGCAAAAUCAUAGUGAAAUAAAAGUGCAUAAAUGUAGGGAGUGUGGGAAAGCCUUCCUUACUUCCUAUAGACUUAACAUAUAAAAUCUCAUAGUGAAGAGAGGCCUUUUCCAUGUGAAAAAUGUGGAAAAUUCUUUAAAAGUUCUUCAUAUCUUAAGAUUCACAAUCGAAUUCACACUGGAACAAAACCAUAUAAAUGUACGGAAUGUGGUAAAGCCUUCAUCAGGCCUUUUGUACUUACUGAACACAUGAAAACUCAUGCUAGAAAGUUUUUAUGUGAAGAUUGUGGAAAACUUUUUGUCAGAUCUCAGUUUAGGGACCAUAGAAAAUCUCACAUUGGAGAGAAGCCCUUUCUAUGUGAUCAGUGUGGAAAAUCCUUUAAACAUUCCUUAUACCUUCAUUGUCACAAGACAAUUCACUCUGGAAUAAAACCUUACAAAUGUGAGAAAUGUGGGAGAGCCUUCACUUGGAAAUCAGACCUUUCUAAACAUGUCCAAACUCAUGGUGGAGAGAAAGAAACCUGAGGAUGUAAACAAUGUGAGAAAUCCUUCAGUUAUUCCAACUCCUCAGGAAAAACUCACCCUCUAGCAAAAUCCUAUAAAUGAAGAAUAUGUGAGAAAGCCUUCAGUUCUCUUUGUUCAUUUGUCUUGUAAGAAAUCACUUUGUCUAACUGAUGUCAGGUAUGUGGGAAAGCCCUCAGUUGCCCUGAUACACUUGACGUGAAAAGAGCACACUGGAGUGAUGGUCUUCAAGCAUAAGAAAUGUGGGAAAGCCAUCCAUCUCACAACCCAGCCUGUUAGGGCUCACAGUGAAGCCAUACUAUUAAGAAACAUGGAAAGCACUUUAUUGUUUGCUCAGGGAAAUAUAUAUUCCCUAAAUAUGAGAGAUGUUUCAAUGCAGAGGAACUCUACUGAUAUAAGAUUUCUGGAAAACUGUACAUCUCUUGAGUACUUUGAUGUUCACUUGUGAUCUCACUGUGAAGAAGAACAUUAGAAAUGUGAGAAAUAUUGUAGAGUCAUCAUUUUUUUCCACUAGAUUGUUGCUCAUGCUUAAUAAACAUGGGGUGAUUCACAGGCAAGAGAAAUGGAGUGUAGUAAAUAUGGGAAAUGCUACCCUGAGUCUGAAAUCUUAGGGUUUCUGAGAAAGGAUAGUGUUCCAGGUGGUCCCAAAGAUCUAUUUUGAACAUUUUUCAUUUGGCCAUGACCUUUCCUGGGCAGUGAUAUGUCUUUCCCUCAUCAUCAGGCCAGGCCAGUCUAGUUGCUACAUUUUCCAGGUCACAACCUGGCCAAAAGUGGGCCUACAGGAUUCACACUUAGGGCCCCUGCUUUUUCCUGUUGGAUGGACCUGGUCUUAUAUUGUGAAGACAGGAACUGCUUGACUAUGUAUGAGGCUCACCAAGUCCAUCUACAUCAAGUCCCAAUGGCCAAAGUGGAGGAUAUAGUACAUCUCUGUAAAUCUUGUAAAGAUGGCUUUGUCCUCUCUCACACCUGAUCCUUUCAGGGUCAGGGUCAAGCAUGGGAUGAGUAGAGAGGAAGUGAGAUUUCAUCUACUAAUGUGAGACACCCUGAUUUCCUGACCUUUGCGGGAGAACAACACCCCGACACCUGUGGAGGACAUUCAACCACAGGCCUUGCAGGAAGAGGGUGAGAUUGUUCCUUUUCACCCCUAUAUUUAGCUCCACACCCAUGCAAAACAAUCAUGUCAUGUGUCUGGAUCAAGCAUUGUCUGCUGUAGGUGACAUGUCCUCCUUCUGGGUUUGUACUCCAAUCCAAGUGCUUGAAAAGUGAAAAACUCAUGUGACUGGCUGCUCCUGAUAAUGUGCGCUGCUUGAUGCCAUGACUGGCAGUUCCUGAAGGUGGGCUUUGGGUUCAGACACAGACAAAUGACUAGUACACCUAUUAUUCCUCUUAAAGAUAGCUUUACGGAGGUUCAUCUCUCCUCAGUUAUUCCCCAGUCUUUGUCACCACUGGGAAUUACAGAAAUUGAACAGGAUAUGUCAGGAAUUUUUUUUUUUUUUUUUUUUUUUGCGGUAC